CAUUUUUCGAUUUCUUGCAGACACGGGUAAACACCGUGUGCUGUAGGCUUAAGUCUUGUGUUUCGCAAAUGAAAACAAUGUCAACAACAAGGUCAUUCAUCCGUCUUCUCUUCGCGUACGGACAAGAAGUGGAUUCUGGCUAGGGAAAGAUUUUAUUUUAGUCGGUCCUCGCCGUGCACAGCAUUGUUUUGCUGUUUCUCGUGCCUGUGUGUUCCCGUAGGCUACACCUAAAAGCAGUUAGCUUAUAUUUUCUUCCAAAAUAACUUAAGUGAAUGUUGGAAAAAUGAUGUUGUCUAGAAAAAUAGUAUCGCGAACGAUAGCAGGCACCUUCUGCAGAGCCUAUUCUGCCGAUGUGAAUAGAAACUACGACAUUGUAGUAGUCGGUGGAGGUAUCGUUGGUACUGCAUCGGCCCGUGAAAUUUUGCUACGACAUCCGACACUGCGGAUCGCGAUCGUGGAAAAGGAACCAAAGCUGGCCUUUCACCAGAGCGGUCACAACAGUGGCGUGAUCCAUGCAGGCAUUUACUACAAACCAGGUUCCCUGAAGGCGAAAUUAUGCGUAGAGGGACUGCAUUUAAGCUACAAGUAUUUGGACGAAAAGAACGUACCGUACAAGAAAGUUGGCAAACUAAUUGUGGCCACAAAUCCGGUCGAAGUGGAACGAUUGAAUGACCUUUAUCAACGUUCGCUUGCCAAUAAUGUACCAGAUGUGCAGAUGGUUGAUCAGGCCAAGAUCAAAGAGAUCGAACCUUACUGCGAGGGACUGAAAGCGAUCUGGUCCCCGCAUACGGGCAUCGUCGAUUGGAGCCUUGUAACGCAGUAUUAUUCGCGCGAUUUCAAAGCCGCCGGUGGAGAUGUGUACGUGAACUUUAAGGUGGCAAAGUUUGCGGAAGCAUCCGACAACGUCGACUAUCCGAUCGUUGUGCGCAGUGAGAAGGGCGAUGAAAUACGUGCCCGCAACAUUCUGACCUGUGGCGGAUUACAAUCGGACAAGCUGGCGGAAAUGACGGGCUGUCCGUCCGUGCCCAAAAUCGUCCCAUUCCGGGGGGAGUAUCUGCUGCUCAAUAAGGACAAGUGCCAUAUGGUGCGGGGUAACAUUUAUCCAGUGCCCGAUCCUCGAUUUCCGUUUCUUGGUGUACAUUUUACUCCACGGAUGGAUGGAAGUGUGUGGUUGGGUCCGAACGCUGUGCUUGCCUUCCGGCGUGAAGGCUACAAGUGGUCAGACAUCAAUGUGCCGGAAUUGAUCGAUGCGCUUCGCUUUCCGGGAUUUAUUAAAAUGGCUUCCAAGUUUGUCGGUGCCGGCAUAAUGGAGAUUGCCCGAUCAGCGCUAAUACCGUUGCAGGUGCGAGAGUUGCAAAAGUUUAUACCGGACAUACACGAGUACGAUGUAGCGCGCGGACCGGCCGGUGUACGUGCCCAAGCACUCGACAACGAUGGUAACCUGGUGGACGAUUUUGUGUUUGACCAUGGGAAGGGAAAUUCGGCCCUUUCGAAAAACAUUCUUCACUGCCGCAAUGCUCCUUCGCCCGGGGCGACGAGUUCGCUUUCGAUAGCCAAGAUGAUAGCCGAUAAGAUCGAGCAAGAAUUUCACAUUGGCAAGUGAAGGGAAAGGAUCAUCAAACGGCAGUAGGUAUAAUUGUUAAUGUUUUGUUAUUAUUUUAUUGCGGAAUCAUAUUCCAACUAUUGUGUUGAUGCAAUUUAUUUUACGAACGUUUUUAAACAUAUGUACAUUGUUUUACGGUGUCCGACACGCUGGUCCGUUAUGUUUUCCGGUCCUUACAAAAGUAAGCAAACCCGAAAAUCGUUAAGCAAAAAUAAAAGCGAACAAUUCUACGUAAAAGCGUAA